GCCAAGGUAGGCUGUCACGUGACUGAAAAAACGGCGCGAGCACGCGUUGCCGGCCGGCCAUUUGCAGUUCGCGAUUAAUAUUUUACGGACAAGUUCGAAUUUUAAUCUUUAUUUUUUGUGUGGAGUCGACUUUCAAGAAUGGCGACGAAGCAGACAACACGGAAAGUGACCACGACUGUAUUCUCUACAUCAUCAGGUAGUGAGACGCCCGGCUCGAGUGCAACAUCGCCUCGCAGACGCGAACGUCCGCCAUCGCCGGCUCGCACGACGAGACAACAAGAGCAGGAAGAGCUGCAGGGACUCAAUGAUCGCUUGGCCAACUACAUCGACAGAGUACGGCACUUGGAGUCAGAAAAUAGCCGACUGUGCACACAGAUUCAGUCCACUGAAGAGGUGAUCAAGCGUGAAGUGUCGUCUGUGAAGAAUUUAUACGAAACCGAAUUAGCAGAUGCUCGGCGUCUUCUGGAUGAGACAGCGCGCGAGAAGGCGAAAGUGCAGAUUGAGGCCAACAAAUACAAGACUGAUUAUGAAGAUCUCUUGGCAAAAUUCAACCGUCGAGAUCGAGAUGCUACCAGCUAUGAGCGCCGUGUGGAGUCACUGGAGACCCAGGUUGCUGAAUUACAGGCCAAACUUUCUGAAGCAGAUGCACCACGCAAGCGCCUAGAAAAGGAAAAUGCUGCACUUAAAGCAGAAAUUGCUAACUUGGAGAAGCAACUGGCUUUGGCAAAGAAGCAGUUGGAGGAAGAAACACUUCUGCGAGUUGAUCUUGAAAAUCGUGUUCAGAGUCUCAAAGAGGAUAUGCAUUUCAAGUCACAGGUGUUUGAACAGGAGCUUGAAGAAUCACGCAUCCGCACCACAACACAGAUCGAAGAAGUAGAUGGACGCUUGGAAAAGGAGUAUGAGGCCAGACUACUUGAGGCAUUGCGUGACAUCCGUGAGCAGCAUGAAUUUGAUCUUCAGACGGUCCGAAGUGAGCUUGAGAUUUUGUAUGAAAACAAGAUUGCUGACCUUAAGGCACAAGCUGAGCGCACAAGUGCUGCAUCAGGGACGGCUUGGGAGGAACUACGUGUUAGCAAACGACGAGUUGACGAACUUCAAUCAGAGCUAGCAAAACUUAGAGCUGAGAAUGCUGGCUAUGAAUCUCGCAUCCGUGACCUAGAAAAUCAGCUAAUAAGAGAACAAGAAGAGUUUCGCCUCAGACUUGCACAGAAGGACGAUGAGAUUGCUGACCUUCGCCUCACCCUUGAAGAACAGCAGCAGGAAUAUAGUGACCUUUUGGACAUCAAGAUUCGUUUAGACCGUGAAAUUGAAGCAUAUCGCAAACUGAUAGAGAGCGAAGAAACAAGACUGAAUAUAUCUAUAGAUACUUCCCAGACCCGCACACCACCUCGUUCAGUUUCACGAGGUGGAAAAAGGAAACGUGUUGAGGUUACUGAGUCUGCAGAGGAGAUGUUAACUCAGCAGAGUUCUGGGUACUUGCAGAGUGGCACAGCUAAAAGUGGCAUUGAAAUUUCUCAGGUUGACCCAGACGGCAAAUUUAUCAAACUUAGCAAUACAUCUUCAAAGGAUAUCCCCAUUGGAUCAUGGCAGCUUGUACACACAGUAGGUGACCAAGAGACAAAUUUUAAGUUUCAUCGCAGCUUGGUGGUCAAAGCAGGAAAGACUGUCACAGUAUGGAGUUCUGAUUCCAAUGCAACACAUAACCCACCUAGUGAUGUUGUGAUGAAAGGCAAGCGUUGGUUUGUGGGAGAUGAAAUGAAGACAGUGCUGACAGAUAAUGAAGAAAAGGAGACAGCAACCCUCAGUAUGUCCAAGUCUUCGUUACGCAGUGUCACUCAGUUUACCCAAAGACACUCUGGUCCUCGUGAUGAUCUGGAUGCUGGAGAUCGUCCUGAUGGGGAGAAAUGCAUAAUUAUGUAGUCCUUAAUGAAGAGCUUCAUUCCUAAAUCACCGUGUGUUGCAUGAAGUUCCUUAGCAGCAAGUCAAGGACACAUUUGUGGGACCCGAUACUGAAAGAGGCAAACAGUACAGCACAUUAGCAGGAUUCCAAAGGACUUUUAGAAAGGCAGUGAAAGGCAAAUUGAUAUGUUGCAGUUGUGAUUUUAAAUGGCCUAUCCCCACACCCUGCCAUGCGUGUGACCACAUUUUUUUUAACUAUGCGUACUUCUGGGUAUAAUACUUUUUUAAAUUUAAAUUGAAUUUUCUAGAUCAUUAAGUUGUGACAUUUAGUUAUAGAAUUAUUUUACCUUUUUUUUUAAAAAAAAGUCCUAGUGAAGUGGACUCUGGAUAGAUAUUUCAUGAUGAAGCCCAAUGUAAUGAAUACCUGAUAAAAAUAUUAAGCUUAUUAGUUUGAGUAUCCUAAAAAGAAAGUAUUUUAGAAUGUCAAAAGCAAAACUUAAAAUGGUAAUAAUAAAAACACUUCUUGCCAGAAGGAACAGGUGAUAAAAAACAGCAUUGUCACUUGCAUGACCAUUACAUUUUGAAGAGUACUUUUUUCCUAAUAGUCAAUAAAACAGAUUUAGUGACAUUUUUGUGCUUUGAAUAUGUCUAAGAAUUGUUAUGCCAGUGUCCUUCAUUUCACACAUUACCAACAUUUAUUGCAUUGGCUCUAGUCUUGUAUCAGAAGUGUGAUGCUGAUGUAACAUUAAAAUAAGAUGUUAUAUAUCAGGAACAAAUGAUUAAGGUUUAUUUGUUAGGUGAACUUGGUAGAUACUGAAGUGUAACCUCCAUCUCUGGAUGUAUGUGUAUCAUUUCUCCACUGCUGAUAUUAUGUAGAUGGUUGGGGCAGACAUUUUUUUUUUAAUAGCCAACAGCUAUCAGAAGAGUUUUAUAUUGUUUGUGCAUUACACAUCAGUGACUCAGUAUUGACUAGCAAGAGGUAUGUUUGGUAAAAUAAUAAGUGGUGAGAUAAUGGAUCUAGACUUAAAAGUAAGUUGGUAUUUUUUGGUAGUUAACAUUUUUUUUUUUAAGUUGCAUUAUAGAAUGAAUGAAAACUUCAACUUGUAAUUGCACCUUUGGUUUUUAGUAUUACAGGCAAAACACUUGUUCCUAAAGGGGCUAGCAUUAAUAGGAGGGAAACGGUAAUUUUGUGCAUUUUAUUUCUGUUCUCACAAGAGUGCCUCAGAAUUCAGCUUUGUGUAUUUAAACAACCAAUCAUAAAUUUUUUCACAGAUAAAAUUUUUUUAUUGCCUUCUGUACAGAUUUGUAUCGUAGCAUUAAAUACUGAUCUUUUCCUUUGCAAAAAACUGCCUCUGUCAACAAAAUUUUUGCUUAAGUAGUGGCUUUUUAUUCUGCUGUCAUUGUUGUCCAUGUUGUGUGCAAUGCCUAUCAUAAAAUCCAGUCAGUUCUGUAAAAAUUUGGUUGGUUUCUGUCACCUUGAAAGUUUAAAGCUUUCGCCUUUAAAUCUUAUAAAUGUUGAAUAAUAGUACUGUCCUUUUUUAUGCAAAUUUUCAAAACUAUUUAGAGUAAAUUGUUCUUGAAGUGUAACUCACCAAGGCUGGGUAGUUUCUUGCCAGCUUGCUUGUAUCAUGGCUGUGCUAAAAUUUCUUGCCAGAUUAAAAUGUGAAAAUUAUCAAUAUGCUUUCUGUUAAUUUUUGUUAGUGCAAUCCUGUGCAUAUUUGUUUAGUCAUUAAGUUUACUUUUUUCAAGCUGUACACAUUUUGUAAAAACUGCUGUCACUACUUUAAAUUUAAAUUCUUGGCCUUUUGUCCCAACUGCCAUUGCUUAGAUUUUUUUUUAAAACCCUUCUCAUUAAAACUUCUUUAUGCCAAAGUUUUUAACACUUGAGUCUUGUGAGAUGAUUGUAGGUAUCAGUUUCUCCAAGGUUGAAACUUUAACCAUUUACCUGUUUUUUUAUUUUAUUUAUUUUUUUUUUUAAGCAUUUGAAGUUCUAACUAAAUAGGUUUAAUCUCUGUUGCUGGCAGGGAAUUAGAAUGUGGAUAGACUAAAUUCUCUGAUGUUUUAAGCACAUGCUAAUGAUACCAUCAAAAAUAAUCCAUCUGUGAUAGCACUGAAAAGGAGAUCUUGACAUCUAUUAGAACAAUAAUGAAACCUGGAAGUUCCUCGGCUUAUAUUCUGGAACAGUAUUUCAUAUUUUCUGAGAUUAGAGGGAUUAGCCAUAAAAUAAAAAUAGUCAUUACAAAAAAAUCCUGCAUGUUUUAGCCUUUUAUUGAAGGAUAUUUGACAACCUAGGUAAUAGAUGAGACCAGUCCAAGUUUGAUAUUUGCUUAUUUAUCGCUCUUAUUGAUUUCAUCAUUUUGAUGUGAACUGUACUUUAGAUACAUUAAACUGAUCCAGUUUCUUUAUCAGUUUUCCAGUCAAGUUAUUCUUGUUUUAAUACAAACCAAAUGUAGAGAUAACAUAGCAUAAGUGUUAUGGUGAUUAAUGUCUAAAAUAUCAGCUUAACUUUUUAAGUUUACCAAAUGCCUGAUGGCCUGAAGAAAGAUAAGUUUGUUUUUUUAAUGUUUUUGCAAUUUUGAAACUUUUUAAUUAUUUGUGGGAAUGGACAAGUUAAACACAGUUGUAAUCCCAUUUCUUGCUAUGUCUGUUCCAUGUGACCACAGAUAGGCAGUGAUCUAAUUUUUCAUGAGAGAAUGGAACAGUUAUUGCUCACCUGUUGUAUUAGAUAUGUUCACUAAAAUCAUGGCUCUUUUUUUCUCAGAGUUCCAUUCAGAUUUUUGUUUGGUUCAGUCUCAGGUUGUUGAUAGAGAUGUCUUUUUUUGUGUGAGUGAUCUCCCUGAAUGAUCUGAUGUGCAUGGGUAAAUGGCUAAAGAUAUUUUACAAAAACAGGCAUGUACAUUGUAGCCUCGUAUGCAAGAUCUAGUUUGCUGACCCUUAUCUCACUCAUAUAUUAGCAGUGGGCAGCUUUCUUAGUGCAUGUACUUUUUUCUGAUUUUUUUGUCCUUGGUUUAAUUUAUUUAUCCCUCCCACUCUGCACCACUGGCUAGAGUAAACGAAAUAGCUCGGGCCAUAAUAGCCCACGAAAGAACAAUAAAGUAUGUAAAUUUUGGAGGAAAAAAAUUGUCAUUUCCAUUUGAUAAUCGGGACUGUGGGAAGGUUACCAGGAGCUUUAGUGCAGAAAAUGAAAAGUACAGAUGUAUUCAAAACACUAGAAAAACUGGCAGCUAUUACAUUUUUUAUCCUCGUGGUUUAAAUGUUGCUUUAUGGGCUUGAAGGGGAAAAAAAAAAUAGAAAGACACCUUGCAUUCUGCUUCGUUAAUAUGCUGCUGGCUUAAUUUCUGUUGGAGUUGUGCUUGACGUAAUCUGCUCUGCGUGUCUCCAGGUCAAAACAUGUAUCCUAUUUGUAGACAAGCAUUUUCAAAACUUAUUUUCUCAGAGUACAUCAGUAGUAAGAAAUUCAAAGGUCACACUUUAGGUGAAAGUGAGUAUAUCUUUCCUGGUCUUUCAAGGAGGCCGUUUUAGGAACAAACAUGUAUCUAGGGAACCUUUUACUAUCUUUUGUACUGGUUUCUUUAAAAUUUGUAUCAAAAACAAUAUUCUUUGUAGAAAUGAUUAGAGCCUGUGGUACAAUGCUACAUCAUACCAUUAUUCACACAAUUUAUAUAAUAAAUGACUUUUUCAA